AUGGGCUCCAUCGAUAUCCCACAGACCCAAACUGUUGCCCUAGUUAGGGAUCUUGGUGGAAAGGUUGAAUUCAAGACAGAUUACCCCGUGCCAACACCAGGGCGUAAUGAAGUCCUGGCAAAAGUACUGUACACCGGAGUGUGCCAGAGUGACCUUCACACGAAGCAGGGAACAGCAGCCGGUGCCGACGGAACCCCAAUCACAAAGAUCAAACUGCCACACGUUGGCGGCCACGAAGGAAUCGGUCGGGUGAUAGCCCUUGGACCGGAUAUAUCACACGCCAAGGAUCUCAAGCUAGGCAGUCUCGUCGGCAUCCGGUUCGCAAGUCGUAUAUGUCGACGCUGCGAGUUUUGUCUUGCUGGCACGGAGCAGUAUUGCGUUGAUAGUACAAACCAUUUGCAUCAUGAAGAUGGCAGUUUCCAGCAGUAUAUUGCCCUCGAUGCGGAUUAUCUGACUUUGCUUCCUGAUGAUGUGGAUCCGAAGGUUAUGGGGCCGGUUCUUUGUGCUGGUCUGACGGCUUAUAAGGCUGUUUUGAAUACGAAUGUUCGGCCUGGAAAUUGGGUUGUUGUUGUCGGAGCUGGUGGUGGGCUGGGACACUUGGCUGUUCAAUAUGCAAGAGCACAAGGAGUCUUAGUCAUUGGUGUCGAUACCGGCCCAGGAAAAGGAGAAUUCGUCAAGUCAAUCGGAGCUCAGCAUUUCAUCGACUUCACAACUGAUGAUCCAGUCAAGAAGGUUCAAGAGAUCACUGGACUUGGCGCGCAUGCUGCGGUAGUUACUGCAGGGAAUUCGAAAGCUUUUGCACACGCAUGUGAUAUGCUUCGUGUGGGAGGCACAUUGAGCUGUGUUGGUAUUCCACCUGGCCGACCAUGUUUGGAGACCCCCAUAUGCACUAUUGUGAUUAAGGGUCUUAGAAUAACUGGUAACUUGGUUGGCUCUCUGAAGGAGUGUAUGGAGGCUGUUGAUCUUGUCCGAAGGGGAGUCGUGAAGCCUGUUGUUAAGGUACGGCAAUUCAAGGAGUUGCCGCAGGUUUACGAAGAGAUGGAGAGAGGAGAUAUUUCUGGCCGGAUUGUUUUGCAAGUUACUGAGUCUGAGUAA